ACUUCCUCUUCCUUGUCCUUGGUGGUGGCAGCAUCCUCGCUGUUUUCGGGAUACACACAUGGCUAAACUGAGCAAAGAGACCAAACAGCGGCUGCAGCAGCUGUUCCAGUGCGGCCAGUUUGUCAUCCGAUGGGGCUUUAUCCCAACCGUGCUAUACCUCGGCUUCAAACGAGGAGCAGAUCCAGGAAUGCCUGAACCAACAGUCUUGAGUUUGCUAUGGGGCUAAGGAACAUCUCCACACAGCUGAUCCCCCAUUGAGACCAUGUGGCCCACCCGUCUUUGGAAAUCCAGGAAAUGGACAUUAUUUUUCACUUCCCUCUCCAUAAAUCAUACUGUCAGGUGUCUGAGAAGUGAUGGAUGAUAAUGUGCAGCCAUACUGUUUAUGGCCGGCUGGUCAAAUAUACAGUAGAUGUAUGGAGAGUGUUGGCUACAUGGAUAGGAGAUGCUUGGAUUAACAAGCUGGAAUCAAGACUCUGUCCCUUAAAAUAUGUAGUGUGGACUGGACUAUCUGUUGGGAUUUUGAUGGGAAUGUGUGGUGGGUAGCAAUGUUUGGAUUAACCAUUCAUUCCAUGUUUUUCCUGUUUUUAUUUGUAAUUUAACAUUGCUGAGAAUAAAUCCUUCAAAAAAUCA